CAGUCUGAAUAUCCCUAGGAUGAAUUAAGUCACAAGUUGCGUUCGAUAGGGCGACAGGUCCUUCCCCGCCCGUGAACGAAAUAACGAGCGAUGCAGAUUGAAUGGACUGCCACUCUUGAAUGAAUCAUUGACGUUGGGGCAGUCGACCACCAAUACAAAUCAUCGCACCCUUUCCCAACACCGCAAAGGCAACCAAACACACACAGAACAACUCGCUAUCUACUAUGUCUACUCGCCCACUACGCUUAUUCUUUUGGAUUUUGUAUAAGAAAGCUAGUGACGAAGCGUACCGCAAAACCGCCAACCCAACAUAUUCAAAAGCAACAUUUUCACCAUUGGUUCCCAAACCAAUACUACGGAACUGGGCGGCCACAGCGCCUAUAAAGAUAAACCGAUUCCCUACAGCUUCUAUCCGUAGCAGUCGAGCUUCGUCACUCGGUUGCACAUCUCAUCUUCAUCAAACGACGAGCACAACGCAUCGCGAGACAACGCACACACGACUUGCGAUCCUGAGAAACGACUUACAAUCGCUCAAACAUACCCCUAACAAUUCUCUGAGCUCAAGACUGGCAUCGAAAUCCAUAUCGCCAAGAUGCUUUCCACUAUCUCCACUCCAAAUCAUGAUCAAGGAGAGGCUGCUCUCCCAGAUUCUCUCCCAAAUCGGCCUGCCCCCGGUUCCAACGAGUCGUUCGCGUUACUCUUCAAGGAAGUUGCCGACCUCCUGGAAGACAUCCGCAACGAUCUGACCGAGAUGAUCGAGAAGACCCCCGACCAAAAUGAUGACGAUUCUUCUGACCAGCACUCGAGAAAAGGCAGGGGCAAGGGAAAGGGAAAGGGCAAAGGCAAACAAGUAUGGCUCGCUGAGCAAGACAAUCUCGAAGAAGCGGCCAUGGAGGCAGCCAGAACGGAACAGGAGACCGUCGAUGCACGAUUGGCAAGGGGCGAAGCGAAGGCAGAGGCAUCGUAUAAUCGAAAGUACACUCUGGGCUACAAGCAUGCCAAGAAAUUCGAAUCCAAGAACCUUAAGAAGAACAGGGAGGACAAGACUGCCAGGAUGUACGCUUACGAAGAUUGAUAUCUCGGUUCUCGAGAUAAUCAACUUAAAUCGAUGGGA